GUAACUUACCCUUUGUCCUCCGUAGCAUGUCCAAAAUACUGAAAUGUGCUGGAAACGAAGAUAUCAUAACUCUCAGAGCAGAAGACAAUGCGGAUACGUUGGCUCUAGUGUUUGAAGCACCGAAUCAGGAAAAGGUUUCUGAUUAUGAGAUGAAGCUAAUGGAUCUCGAUGUGGAACAGCUUGGAAUUCCAGAGCAAGAAUAUAGUUGUGUAGUGAAAAUGCCUUCUGCUGAAUUUGCACGCAUCUGUAGAGAUCUGAGCCACAUCGGCGAUGCAGUUGUCAUCUCCUGUGCAAAAGACGGUGUGAAAUUUUCAGCCAAUGGAGAGCUGGGCAAUGGAAACAUCAAGCUGUCACAGACCAGUAACGUGGAUAAAGAGGAAGAAGCUGUUACAAUAGAGAUGAAUGAGCCAGUCCAAUUGACCUUUGCCCUGAGGUACCUCAAUUUUUUUACCAAAGCCACUCCCCUGUCACCUACAGUAACACUCAGCAUGUCUGCAGAUGUUCCUCUGGUUGUGGAGUACAAGAUUGCUGAUAUGGGUCACUUAAAAUACUACCUGGCUCCAAAGAUCGAAGACCAACAAGAAGGCUCUUAAUUGGAGUAGGACUGAGGGGCAGAUCUGGUCCGCUCGUUGGAGAGGCCAGCAGACUUUGAGAAGGAAAUGGUGGUGGUAGCAAUUCCAGUGCAUCGGAGCAUCGUAUGAGCACUGUUAGGCAUGUUGUGUAGAUAUCUUUGUAAAUAUUUUUCAACCUACUAUUUUGCUAUACUGGUGUCAUUGGAAAUAGGAAAUUCUCCUCUUUCUAGUCUAUUCCUGUACUUCCAAUAAUCUCUUAGAUGCUGUCUGAAGGUGAAAUAUCUUACUCCUCUUGACUUGUGUUAGAGAAGGGGUGCAAUAUUUAACUUGAGUAAAGAUGAUGUUUCCUAGAGUUUCACCUGUGGAAC